UUCACCGCAUAUCUUUCCUUUUCUUGUGCUUGCAGAUUGUUUCAAGCUUCAUAUCUUCAUAUCUUCGAUAUUUUUCAUAUUCAAGUGUGAGAAGUGUGUUCAUAUAUCGUCAAUAUCAUUACAUAUUGAAGGGCUGCACGCACUACGCCUUUAUAUUCUUAACUUUUUCCCUGCAUUUCCUUACCGAUACUCUUCCCCCCCCCGCCCCCUCGGUUUUAUUCUAGCUGCUGGACAGCUUGGUUAGUUGGUUCCUUUUGCCACUAUCACAUUAUCAACACCGCUUUUUGGUCUCGUACCUAUUUUUAACUUGGCGGAAAGGCGGAAAGGUAUUCAUGUCCUGUUGUAAUAUAUUCAACUGUCUGCCUUCUUCUUCCAAAGUUCUUCGAAAGUCGAGUGGUAAAGCGAAGCUUUCCAAUUCUUCCGAUAUGAGGAACGACGAUAAUUUGGCUUAUGGUACGAUGGAUACCGAUCAUCCUCAGACUGGUACUGCUACCAAUGAACGAACUGAGAGACCAAAGAAUGACAGGAGAAAAACCAGCGCCAAUCUUACUCCGGAAUUUACAGAAUUCGAUACCCAGGCUUACUACAAUGAAUCCCUGGAUUACAACUACAUUUCUUCCCGAUUCGCCUUCUCCCUUGGUUUAAAACCAGAUGCCGAUCGUGAAGCCAAACCACGCUCAAAAUCUGUAUCGAAACCAAAAAUCCCUUUUAAGCCAAAGCAUCUAGCAAGAUCUCAAACCGCACCAGUUGCUGAAAUUAAGCCCCUUCAAAGAUCAAGGACAGAACCGCUUUCACGAAGAAUAUUUUCGCCGUUAGGUAGAGAAAGUACUAUAGAAGAUACACCUCCUUCUACAUCUACAACUCCAGCUCUUCCACCUAGAAUCCCACCCAGAAGAACUUCCACAACUGCUACUCUCGUGCCUUCCAAUGCUCAAGCUCCUCCCAUUUUCUCUCUCUUGGAACCGACACCAGAAGCCAUCUCAAGAUCGAAUUUAACUAGUCCGUUAUUUCCAGAUGCUAACCUAAAUCCUUUCUCGCCAAGACCGGGAGCCACAUUUGGGGCGAUGGUUGUUGAUACGCCACCGAGAACACCACAAAGACCUCAAAUAUUGCAUACACAAACGGAGGGCAAUCCUAGUAUUUUCGAAGCACUAAAUUCACAUCCUGUAACUCCGUCCAUUACAAAUAUUCCAACAAUUCUGACUGAAGAACCGGAAGGAAUGUCGGAAGAACCAGAAGAUGCAUCUUCUGAAACAGAGCGAGAACGGGAUCUCGAAGGAAUGGGAACCGGUACUGGAAUCGGAAUGGGUUUUGGAAUCGGAGAAGAAAUCCGUGGUCGAGAGAUUUCGGAUCCGGAUUCCAUGACGGGUGAUUUAACACUUCAUUGGAAAUCUUCUCCACUAUCACGUUAUACACAACGAACCGUUUUCUGGAUCGUUCCAAAUGCGAAAUUCGAUCUUGUGUUUGGACACGAUGAAACGGAUUUCAAUAUUCCCAUUCAAAACCCACCAAAGUGGGGUUUGAGUAAUUGGGGAAUUGGACAGGGGAGAGGAAGAAGAGGAGAAAGAAAUCAAUUCCGAGAGGGGAUUAGAAGGGGAGUUCUUAAACAAGUAGAGGAACAAAGUACCUUUUCGUUACUGUAUAGUGCAACGAAUCUGAUGGAUGCGUGGUUGAGACCACCUUAUCAGAUUAAUGGACGAGCACAUUCGCAACAUUCGGACUCGAAACCGUUGCUUGCGAACGGAGAUGAGAGUGGAGGCAUUCAUGAAAUAGCAUUUACAUUACCGGAGUUGGAAUAUCAACUCAGGAAUGAGUUGAAGUGUACUGAUGAACGGAGACGCAAACAUGAGGGGAAGAGGGCAGUCAAUAUCUGGGAUGUUAGGGCUGGAAAGGCCGUUUUGGCUGAGCAGGCUAAAGGCGCUAGUGGAGAGAUUAGAAAGUUGGUGGGAGCUGUAGUAAAGGAUGUUCGGGAGAAUGGGGGAAAGAAAAUCGCGGAAAGUAAGAAUAAGACUUUGGUUGGGAGAGCUCCUCGUGAGGAACCGGAAGUGGAAGCUGCACAUGAUGAAUUUGUUCAUGUGGAGAAUCCUGUUUCCGCAACUCCUGCUCCCGUUGUCUCAAAUGAAGAUUUUACAGUGGUCAGCAAGCCACAAGCAGAAUCUUCCCCCGCUACCUCUCCCCUCCUCCCCGUCGUCGCUCCACUCCCUAACCCCCAAACUUUCGAUCUCUCCCCCACCACCGCCAAUGAUACCGCAAAUCAAAGUCCUAGCUCCUCUCUCCGCGUCGAAUUCACGGAUGCGCAAUUGCAAGCACAAAUUCAAGCGCAAAUGGAACGAGAGAUGGAACGUGAAAUGGAGCAGGAAAUGGAACGCGAAAUGCAGGCGCAGAUUGAAGCUGAGAUGAACGCUCAAGCACAAGCUCAACCUCAAUCUCCAUCUCACGAAGAGGUAAGAGAUGAAGUGAGAGAUUUGCCGCCAGCGCUUCCUCCUCGUCCUAAGAGAUUCGAAAGAUCUUCCACUUUCGAUUUCGGAUCUGUAGACGCAAAGGAUGAGCAGCCUAGACGUCUUGCUCGGUCUUCAACUUUUGAUUCUCCAGCUUCUUUCACGGCUUUGAGAAAAUCAGAUCGUGAUAUCCAUGCUUCUAUCUCGGCCCUUCGUUCGGCUCACAAUGACGAUGAGGAUGAUGAGGAAAAUGAAGCGAUGUCUGAGAUUAUGGUUUCGCGCAUCCCGGUUCGUGAGUUGGUUUUGGAGGAAGUUGAGUUUAGUGUUCUUCCGGAUCGAAGUUUCGGGACGCUGAAAGAGAGGUUUGAGAUGAUGUGGCAGGGAGAGGAUGAGAGAGUGCAUUCUGAGAGGAAGAUCUGGAGAGGGAAAUUCAGAGGGGUUUUGGGAGAAUUGUGUAGAGUUGUUGCGGAGAAGUGA